GCCGCCAUUGUGGUAGCACUCUCCUUUUCCGCCCGAGGGGGGACGGGAGGCCGCCCAGUGCCGUCCUUGUGUGUCUCUUUGUAUUGCCAUAUUGAUAGAGAAAGUGGUUCCCAGUAGAAGCUUGGCUGUCGUGUUGGUCACACGUAGAGCUUCUGCGGCCCGUUCACAGUCCGGGGCUUUGUUGUUUUUGCUAUCUGUCCUGUGCUGUUGAACGAUGGCUAUUGUUCUCUGUUGUCAGGUUUUCUGGUUGUAGGUGUGGAGCUGUGCCGACUAUCUCCUAGUAUCAGGAGCCCUGUGUGGAGCUUUUAAGGCCUUGCAGGGAAGAGUCCAUACUGAUAAAUCAGCAGAGCUCUGCCUGCCAUGGGGGACGGGAGGCUGGCUGCGGAUGCACUGUCCCUUUAAAUAAGGCUGCUAUGGCAGCUGUCACUUAUCUGGUUCUGUCCCAUGUAAUCCCCAGUAUACAGAACUCUGAAUAAUAGACUUUACAGUAGUUGUUAUUGUUUUCCCAUUCACUGAAUCAUCACAAUUCUCAGCCUAUGACCGUCACAUGUAGCCCAUUUUCCUAGUAGUAAGGCACCAUUCACACUUCAUUAAAAUCCAUUGUCCCAUUCAUCAUUAUAAAUUGAAAAUGAGACUGAAUAUCGUCUCGAGGAAGAAAUCAGAUUGUGUGUAAUUCAUCAUGGGACCAGAAACGACACCAUCACAGAAUUCAGGCUGUAAGAUCAUGACGUUUAGACCCACAUGGGAAGAGUUUCAGGAUUUUGACAAAUACAUAGCUUACAUAGAAACUCAGGGAGCACACAGAGCUGGUCUGGCUAAGAUUAUCCCCCCCAAAGAGUGGCGCCCAAGACGGACUUACAAUGAUUUGGAUGAAAUGGUGAUUCCUGCUCCAAUUCAGCAAGUGGUAACUGGUCAGUCGGGCCUCUUUACUCAGUAUAACAUCCAGAAGAAACCUAUGACUGUGGGAGAAUAUCGCAAGUUGGCGAACAGUGACAAGUAUUGCACUCCUCGCCAUCAAGACUUUGAUGAUUUAGAGCGUAAAUAUUGGAAGAAUCUAACCUUCAUGUCUCCAAUAUAUGGAGCAGACAUUAGUGGUUCCCUCUAUGACAAUGAUAUCAAGCUAUGGAACAUAGCAGGCUUAAAAACACUGCUAGAUAUGGUGGAACAUGAAAGUGGAAUCAUCAUAGAAGGUGUUAAUACUCCAUACCUCUACUUUGGAAUGUGGAAGACAACAUUUGCAUGGCAUACAGAGGACAUGGAUCUGUACAGCAUUAACUAUCUGCACUUUGGAGAACCCAAGUCCUGGUAUGCAAUUCCCCCUGAACAUGGAAAAAGGCUAGAACGUUUAGCAAAAGGAUUUUUUCCAGGCAGUUCUCAAGGCUGUGAUGCUUUUCUUAGGCAUAAAAUGACGCUUAUAUCUCCAUCCAUUUUAAGAAAGUAUGGGAUUCCUUUUGAUCGGAUCACACAGGAAGCAGGAGAGUUUAUGAUAACUUUUCCAUAUGGGUACCAUGCAGGAUUUAAUCAUGGAUUCAACUGUGCAGAGUCCACUAAUUUUGCAACACUGCGCUGGGUUGAUUAUGGAAAAAUGGCCACACAGUGCACAUGUCGGAAAGACAUGGUAAAGAUCUCUAUGGAUGUGUUUGUGAAGUUCCUUCAGCCUGACCGCUAUGCAGUGUGGAAACAGGGAAAGGAUGUAACUGUUAUUGACCAUUCAAAACCAACUGACAUUACCAGUCCUGAACUGGAGGCAUGGUUGGAGAGAAAAGCUCAAGGGAAAGUAGGCCGCAGGACAUACAAAAAACGUAGCCAGCCCCGCAGGCAGAAGGUGCAAGAUCAAAAACUAUUAAAUGAAAUGUUUGGGACUGACGUGCUUUCAGAAGAUAAAAUGGAGGAUGGGAAGUGCAUUGAUGAUAGCAAUAAAAUGAAUUGUGAAGACAUUUUGGAAAAUCCAUUGACAAAGUUUCCUUGUAUUUUGAAAUCCAAGAAUGCAAGAUGUGGCAAGAAACCAAAGGCCCAGGUUGGAGACAACAUAUUUAACUUUCCCAAAAUAAAACCAUCUGAUUCAUCUUUAGAGGGUGAGGGUGAAUUUAACCCUCAGCGUGUAAUUUCCAAGCUCUUUGUUGUCCCCAAGUCCAAGAAGAUAGUAUUUGACAAAACCCGGAUGUCCUGCCAAGAAGCAUUUGAACACUUUGCUACAGAAUUAGGCAAUACACAACUUGAGCAGUCUGGCGGGAUUCCAAAAACAGUGGGAGUGCCUAAGCAUCAGGCCCUUUUUCCAGAAAUGAAAAUUAAGAAAAGCAGACGCCAUCCACUGGGUAGACCACCAACCCGCUCUCCCUUGUCUGUAGUCAAGCAGGAUGUGUCAAGCGAUGAUGAUUCUAUCCCGUUCUCUGGAGAGGAGGAAUCCGGUGAUUCUGAGACACUUCCUAACCUUCUGUCACACUUAUGGAAGAACAAGCCACCUAACUUUUUCGCAGAGAGGAAAUUCAAUGCUAUAGCUGCCUUGUUAGAGCCAUACUGUGCUGUGUGUUCUCUUUUCUAUCCUUGCCCACAGGAUAUUUCUCAGUUGUCUGAAUCAGUCAGUUCUAAACAAGGUCAGAAAUCAAAGCCUAUUAUACCAGAGAUGUGUUUUACACCCAAUGAGAGUAAUAUGGAUCCUUUGCCAGUAAGCACAUACAUUGGAGAAGAUGGUACAAGUCCCCUGCUGUCCUGUGCGAAAUGCUGUGUGCAAGUCCAUGCCAGCUGUUAUGGAAUUCAUCCAGAUUUAGUAAAGGAGAACUGGAUCUGCUCACGCUGCUCAGCUUGUGCUUGGAAUGCUGAUUGCAGCUUGUGUAAUCUUCGAGGGGGUGCUUUAAAGUCAACUACAGACAAAAGAUGGGUGCACAUUGUCUGUGCUAUUGCAGUUCCGGAAGCUCGCUUUGUAAAUGUGAUUGAACGCCAUCCAGUGGACAUCAGUGCCAUUCCAGAACAGAGGUGGAGACUGAGAUGUGUAUAUUGCCGAAAGAAAAUACGAAAAGAGGUUGCUGCUUGUGUCCAGUGUUCAAUUGACCGAUGUUCCACCUCCUUCCAUGUCACGUGUGCACAUGCAGCUGGUAUAUCUAUGGAGCCUGAUGAUUGGCCUUACGUUGUAUCGAUUAAAUGCUUCAAGCACAAGGCAAACAAUCAAACUAAUACAGUCUCCAAGGAGGUGAAUGUAGAACAAACUGUGAUAGGUCGGAAUCGGAAUGGCUUGUACUAUCGAUGCCAGGUCAUUGGAUCUGCUACUCACACUUUCUAUGAAGUCAACUUUGAUGAUGGCUCAUACAGUGACAACGUGUAUCCUGAAAGUAUCCUGAGCAGAGAUUGUAUGCAAAAUGGACCACCGGCAGAGGGAGAAGUUGUGGAUCUCAGGUGGAUAGAUGGAAAUAUUUACAAAGCUAAAUUUAUUUCAUCUAAAGUCAGCCUUGUGUAUCAGGUGGAAUUUGAGGAUACUUCCCAGUUAAUGGUGAAGCGAAGCGAGAUCUUCACAUUAGAAGAGCCUCUACCGAAAAGAGUAAAGUGUCGCUUGUCUGUCAGUACUGGGGCUUCUUUGGAGGACACAGAAGAUGCACAAAUGAACAAGCGCCCAAGGGUCACAAGUCCAGCAAAUGAAGAGCCAGAUAAUCAAACUUUAUUUGACUUGAAUGAGGCGCAUGUUGAAAAUCCUAGCCAGUCCGUGGGCUUCUAGGGUCCGUGCCAUCCAUAUAAUCUGAACAUUAAGUUGGCAAAAACCUUUCUAUAUUUCGAACUCAAGAAUGGAUUCAAGCACCCCUCAGGCAUUUGCAGACCAGAGAUGUAAGAAGAAUUCUGUACAGCAGUGUAACAGGCCAAAUACUGCUACCAUAAAUAAUCGUAAACGGAGGACAUGAAUUCUCUAGGUGCUAUGGUAAAACUGCAUAUACGAUCUUCUCUCUUUCUAUUUUUCAAACGUUUCAAGAACAUUUCAGAAUAGCUUUAAUGUAACAAGAAGAGAGAAAUGAAAUGUGAUUUUAUUUAAUAUCUUGGUAAAUAAACUUUGAAAUACAUUUUUAAUUCAUGGUUCAUCUGAUCUGAUAUGAAACAGUGUUGUCAUGAAUUGUUUACUACCACAUUGUAGAAGAACAUUUUUUCCCCUGAUUCCACCCAAAUUACUACACAUGUAAAAAGAACUGGGUGUUGUUUGGAAGAUUUAAGACUGAGUAUGCAAGCAAGGUCCUUGUGUAAUCAUGCAUGAAUUUUUUUUCUUUCUUUCAUGAGUCACCUGGUGUUGGGAUUCAUGGACAGUGCUUCUGAGAACCUUAAUGUAUAUUGCAAAGUUUAAUCCUCAGGAGCUUUGCAGCCUACUGCAUGUCCUCAUGUUUUAUUAGUUAGGGAUACAUGCAUUUUCUUUGUGUAAUAGUGUUUUACUUUGUGCUCUAAUCAUGAUUUCCAUUGGUUUCUUGACAAAUGUGCUGUAUUAUUAUGCUCCCUUUUGUAAUUAAUUAAAAAUAAAUCAAAGCACUGGAUACAAUUUCAUUAAAAUUAUGUAUU